AAAAAAAAAAAAAAAAAAAGCUCCUUUCUUUCCUGCUCUGGCACCCUACAGCCACUGAGAUGUUGAUGCCUAAGAAGAACCAGAUUGCCAUUUAUAAACUCCUUUGUAAGGAGGGAGUCAAGGUGGCCAAGAAGGAUGCCCACAUGCCCAAGCACCCGAAGCUGGCAGACAAGAAUGUGCCCCACCUUCAUGUCAUGAACGCCAUGCAGUCUCUUAAGUCCCAAGGCUAUGUGAAGGAACAGUUUGCCUGGUAUCUUACCAAGAAGGGUAUCCAGUAUCUCCGUGACUACCUUCAUCUGCCCCCAGAGAUUGUGCCUGUCACCCUAUGCCGCAGCCAUCCAGAGACAGGCAGGCCUUGGCCUAAAGGUCUGGAGGGUGAGAGGCCUGCCAGACUCACAAGAGGGGAAGCCAGCAGAGAUACCUACAGGCGGAGGGAUGUGCCGCCUGGUGCCAACAAGAAAACCAAGGCUGGGGCUGGGUCAGCAACCGAAUUCCAGUUUAGAGGCGGAUUUGGUCAUGGACGUGGUCAGCCACCUCAGUAAAACUGGAGAGGAUUAUUUUGCAUUGAAUAAACUUACAGCCAAAAAAACC